AGAAAUCUACAGAGGUGCCUUCCAGUCCAGCAUCUGUAUCAAGAAAUUCUGAAGAGUUUUGUAGGCAAGACAACCCGAGUCCGAUAUCACCACUGGAGGUCAUGGAAUACCACAAUUCACCCUGUAUCUCUGAAGAGUUGAGUUCCAAUGCUCCAGGAAGAGAUUUAUCAGAAAAUCUUGAGCAUGGUGGAGCUGAAAUGACAGUAGGAGAGCAGCCUCCAAUGCAAGAAAUAACUAACAUGGAGAACAAGGAUGCGACUCACUUGCAUGAUAUCCUUGCAACUGCUGGGUUUUAUGAGGAUGAGCCAAUCUCAUACCAAGAUUUUGAAAUGGAAGAAGCAUACAGCAAACGCGGCAAGGUGGAUACUUAUUCUUCGAUACCUCGCAAUGAUGAUGUAACUAUACGACACAAACUUCUAUUUGACUUGGUGAAUGAGUCUAUGCAAAGUCUGCUCGGUCCGAAUCUAAAAUGCUCCAUGUUCAAGAGAUGGAUUCUAGGCCCAACUUUCUCAUCACAAGGAAAAAGAUUGUUGGAAGACUUGUGGAAUCAGAUUCAGUUGCUCUUAAAUUCCUCAGUUGAUGGUUCUAAUGCUCCAAAUAGCAUGGUGGCUCAAGAUUUGAAGAUGACAACUUGGCCAACGAUGUCGUACGAAGACAUGGAUGUUGUAGGAAGGCAGAUCGAGAGGGUCAUUCUACUGAACUUGAUCGACGAUAUUGUGAGAGAAAUGUGUCUUCGGAGCAACUAGAUAGAAAAUAGGUACUAGGGAAAAAGCUAAUUGAUUGUAAUGUUUGUGCAGUCCUCUUCCAUUUAGAAGAAUCUUUUCCACAUUGCAGCCAUAGUAAAAUAAAUUUUUGAGGAAAAAGUUGAUUGAUGUU